CCCCCCCCCCCCCUUGGAGGUUGGGUUCAGUUGGAUUCGGCGUCAGGCUCCGGGGUCCUGGGGGCUUUUUUCUCCCACGCACCCCUCUUUGAUUUCCCCCCCAUCUUUUGCUUCUCUUAAGUGUGCAUUUUAAAAAAAUAAAUCCUGAUUUUUGAAGCUGAGCCGGGGAAAAUGGGCAACGGUGAUUGGGACCGAAGGGGAGUCUCUCCGUCACUGUUGCUGGGACGCGUGCCUGUGCUGGUGUCUUAGAGCAAGAGCCUCCCUGAGCUUUCGGAGUGGAAGAACAGUGGAAGAGACUGCAGCCUAAAGACUUUUAUAAUUAACUUGGCAUCACUUUUCUCAGCUCAAAGGCUAAACAAAAAAGCAGUGUCAUUUAUUCUAAGAAAUAACUUCUUAAAGGUUAAAGCUGAAAAAAAUUCGAGUUAUUUUUGGAUAACAACUUACAGAGGCCAAAUGACAUAGGAUGAAGGCUGUUCGUAACCUGCUGAUUUAUAUAUUUUCCACCUAUCUCCUGGUUAUGUUUGGAUUUAAUGCUGCCCAAGACUUCUGGUGUUCAACUUUGGUGAAGGGAGUCAUUUAUGGAUCGUAUUCUGUAAGUGAAAUGUUUCCCAAAAACUUUACAAACUGCACUUGGACGCUGGAAAAUCCAGAUCCAACCAAAUAUAGCAUUUACCUGAAAUUUUCCAAAAAGGACCUUAGCUGCUCUAACUUUUCCCUCUUGGCUUAUCAGUUUGAUCAUUUUUCCCAUGAAAAAAUAAAGGAUCUUUUAAGAAAGAAUCAUUCUAUAAUGCAACUCUGCGAUUCCAAGAAUGCUUUCGUUUUUCUACAGUAUGAUAAAAAUUUUAUUCAAAUACGUCGGGUGUUUCCAACCGAUUUCCCAGGAUUACAGAAAAAAGGGGAAGAAGAUCAGAAAUCCUUUUUUGAGUUUUUGGUAUUGAACAAGGUGAGCCCGAGCCAGUUUGGUUGCCAUGUAUUAUGCACUUGGCUGGAGAGCUGCUUAAAAUCAGAAAAUGGGAGAACAGAAUCGUGUGGGAUUAUGUAUACAAAAUGCACCUGCCCUCAGCAUUUGGGAGAGUGGGGGAUCGACGACCAGUCGCUGGUUUUGUUAAAUAACGUGGUGUUACCCCUGAAUGAGCAGACUGAGGGCUGCCUGACCCAGGAGCUGCAAACCACCCAGGUCUGCAAUCUUACCAGGGAGGCCAAGCGACCGCCCAAAGAAGAAUUUGGAAUGAUGGGAGAUCAUACAAUUAAAAGUCAGCGACCUCGAUCUGUUCAUGAAAAAAGGGUCCCUCAGGAACAAGCUGAUGCUGCUAAAUUUAUGGCACAAACUGGUGAAUCUGGUGUGGAAGAGUGGUCCCAGUGGAGCACGUGCUCAGUUACUUGUGGUCAAGGGUCGCAGGUGCGAACCAGAACUUGUGUAUCACCUUACGGGACACACUGCAGCGGCCCGUUAAGAGAAUCAAGGGUUUGCAAUAACACUGCCCUCUGUCCAGUACAUGGAGUUUGGGAGGAGUGGUCACCAUGGAGUUUAUGUUCAUUUACAUGUGGUCGAGGCCAAAGAACAAGAACAAGGUCAUGCACACCUCCUCAGUAUGGAGGAAGGCCGUGUGAAGGACCUGAAACACAUCAUAAGCCUUGUAAUAUUGCUCUGUGCCCAGUUGAUGGACAGUGGCAAGAGUGGAGUUCGUGGAGUCAGUGUUCAGUGACGUGCUCGAAUGGGACCCAGCAGAGAAGCCGGCAAUGCACUGCAGCAGCUCAUGGGGGCUCUGAAUGCAGAGGGCCGUGGGCGGAAAGCAGGGAGUGCUAUAACCCUGAGUGCACAGCCAAUGGUCAGUGGAAUCCGUGGGGUCAUUGGAGCGGAUGUUCCAAGUCCUGUGAUGGCGGCUGGGAACGGCGAAUGAGGACAUGUCAGGGUGCAGCAAUAACAGGCCAGCAAUGUGAAGGCACAGGCGAAGAAGUUAGAAGAUGCAGUGAGCAGCGAUGUCCUGCACCUUAUGAAAUAUGCCCAGAGGAUUAUCUGAUGUCAAUGGUGUGGAAAAGGACCCCGGCAGGCAACUUGGCAUUCAAUCAGUGCCCGCUGAAUGCCACAGGCACCACUAGCAGACGCUGCUCUCUCAGUCUUCAUGGAGUGGCCUUCUGGGAACAGCCGAGCUUUGCAAGAUGCAUAUCAAAUGAGUACAGACACUUGCAGCAUUCAAUCAAAGAACACCUUGCUAAGGGGCAACGAAUGUUGGCAGGUGAUGGAAUGUCCCAGGUGACCAAGACACUGUUGGAUUUAACUCAGAGGAAAAAUUUCUAUGCAGGUGAUCUUCUGAUGUCUGUGGAAAUUCUCAGAAAUGUGACAGACACGUUUAAAAGGGCAAGUUACAUCCCUGCAUCUGAUGGUGUCCAGAACUUCUUUCAAAUAGUUAGCAACCUUCUAGACGAAGAAAACAAGGAAAAAUGGGAGGAUGCACAACAGAUUUAUCCUGGCUCAAUAGAGUUAAUGCAGGUGAUUGAAGAUUUUAUACACAUUGUUGGAAUGGGGAUGAUGGACUUUCAGAAUUCAUACUUAAUGACUGGAAAUGUAGUGGCUAGCAUUCAGAAGCUUCCUGCAGCCUCUGUUCUAACCGACAUCAACUUCCCAAUGAAAGGACGAAAGGGAAUGGUUGACUGGGCGAGAAACUCAGAAGAUAGGGUAGUUAUCCCAAAAAGCAUUUUUACUCCUGUGUCAUCAAAAGAAUUAGAUGAAUCAUCGGUAUUUGUUCUUGGAGCAGUCCUGUACAAAAACUUAGAUCUAAUUUUGCCCACUUUGAGAAAUUACACUGUCGUUAAUUCCAAAAUCAUCGUGGUCACAAUAAGGCCUGAACCCAAAACAACUGAUUCGUUCCUGGAGAUAGAACUAGCUCAUCUGGCUAAUGGUACUUUGAAUCCCUAUUGUGUGUUAUGGGAUGACUCAAAAACGAACGAGUCUUUGGGAACGUGGUCCACCCAGGGAUGUAAAACUGUGCUUACCGAUGCAUCCCAUACGAAAUGCUUAUGUGAUCGUCUCUCUACCUUCGCCAUUUUGGCUCAGCAACCUAGAGAAAUAAUCAUGGAAUCCUCCGGUACACCUUCAGUUACCCUAAUAGUAGGCAGUGGCCUUUCUUGCUUGGCCUUGAUCACCCUCGCAGUUGUCUAUGCAGCAUUAUGGAGGUACAUACGCUCUGAGAGGUCUAUAAUUCUAAUUAACUUCUGCCUGUCUAUCAUCUCAUCCAACAUCCUCAUACUGGUUGGACAGACUCAGACACAUAAUAAGAGCAUCUGUACAACCACCACUGCAUUUUUGCACUUUUUCUUCCUGGCUUCAUUCUGUUGGGUUUUGACUGAGGCGUGGCAGUCAUAUAUGGCUGUAACUGGAAAAAUUAGGACACGGCUUAUAAGGAAACGUUUUUUGUGCCUUGGAUGGGGUUUACCAGCAUUAGUAGUGGCCACAUCAGUAGGCUUCACGAGGACGAAAGGAUAUGGCACUGACCACUACUGCUGGCUCUCUCUUGAAGGAGGACUGCUCUACGCUUUUGUUGGACCUGCAGCCGCUGUUGUCCUGGUCAACAUGGUGAUUGGCAUUUUGGUAUUUAAUAAACUUGUUUCCAGAGAUGGGAUCCUAGAUAAAAAGCUCAAACACAGAGCCGGUCAGAUGAGUGAGCCUCAUAGCGGUUUGACGCUCAAAUGUGCCAAGUGUGGAGUAGUUUCGACAACAGCUUUGUCAGCCACCACCGCCAGUAACGCCAUGGCGUCUCUUUGGAGUUCCUGCGUGGUGUUGCCCCUUCUGGCUCUGACGUGGAUGUCUGCAGUUCUAGCCAUGACAGACAAACGCUCCAUAUUGUUCCAAAUACUUUUUGCCGUGUUUGAUUCAUUGCAAGGUUUUGUGAUAGUCAUGGUCCACUGCAUUCUUCGGAGAGAGGUUCAGGAUGCAUUUAGAUGCCGAUUGAGAAACUGUCAGGAUCCGAUCAAUGCUGAUUCUUCAAGUUCUUUUCCUAAUGGGCAUGCUCAAAUAAUGACAGACUUUGAAAAGGAUGUAGACAUUGCUUGUCGAUCAGUUCUUCAUAAGGAUAUCGGUCCUUGCCGAGCAGCAACAAUAACAGGAACGCUCUCUAGGAUUUCUCUAAAUGAUGACGAAGAAGAAAAGGGAACAAACCCUGAAGGGCUAAGCUAUUCCACACUCCCUGGAAACGUCAUUUCCAAAGUCAUUAUCCAGCAACCUACGGGUAUGCACAUGCCCAUGAGUAUGAAUGAGCUGGGCAAUCAGUGUUUGAAAAAAGAGAACAGUGAAUUGCGAAGAACUGUGUACUUAUGUACAGAUGACAAUUUGAGAGGAGCUGAUAUGGACAUGGUCCAUCCUCAAGAAAGAAUGAUGGAAAGUGACUAUAUCGUGAUGCCCAGAAGUUCUGUAAAUACCCAGCCAUCAAUGAAAGAAGAAAGCAAAAUGAAUAUUGGUAUGGAAACCUUGCCACAUGAAAGGUUAUUGCACUACAAAGUGAAUCCCGAAUUCAACAUGAAUCCCCCUGUAAUGGACCAGUUUAGUAUGAACUUAGAUCAACACCUUGCACCCCAGGAACAUAUGCAGAAUUUGCCCUUUGAGCCUCGCACAGCUGUGAAGAAUUUCAUGGCCUCUGAGUUGGAUGAUAAUGCAGGACUAUCAAGGAGUGAAACUGGGUCAACGAUAUCAAUGAGUUCAUUAGAGAGAAGAAAAUCACGAUAUUCAGACCUUGACUUUGAGAAGGUCAUGCAUACAAGGAAGAGGCAUAUGGAACUGUUUCAGGAGCUGAAUCAGAAAUUUCAAACUUUGGACAGAUUUCGGGAUAUACCAAAUACAAGCAGUAUGGAAAACCCAGCACCAAACAAGAAUCCAUGGGACACUUUCAAAAACCCCAGUGAAUACCAACAUUACACCACAAUCAAUGUCUUAGAUACAGAGGCAAAGGAUGCUUUGGAACUGAGGCCAGCAGAAUGGGAGAAGUGUCUGAAUUUGCCUCUGGACGUGCAAGAGGGUGACUUUCAAACAGAAGUUUAGCAAAAUCAAAAUGGACUGAGGUGGAUAUAAAACAAUUUAUUGCACUGACACUUAAGACUUGGGAAGCCUGACAUUUCUAUCUGGACCAUGUGACUAUCCUAUGUCAGGACCUUCAUGUGCCAAAUGUCAGUGGUGUUUGCAUAUGGUAACUUCUCACUAGUCAGGCUAGUGGAGAGAGGACCAGGUGUACAGUUCUGACCAUCCUGUGUUGUAAGUAUCCGUGGAAUGGAUUUGUAAGGUAAUCUUUAUAGAUAAACCUCAAGCAACGAUUCAUGUUGUAACCGCUUCAUAUGGUUUAGUUUUCAAAAAACUUCACCAUGAAGCACAAUGUAUAUAUUUAUGCAGUUUUUAAAGUUUAUAACAGUCUGUUUGGCCAUUACUACACUUUUUACUUUAUAAUAUAAAAGCAAAGUUUUUGUCAUUAAAUGA